CAGGGGCAACGUUUGGGGGGGGGUAGGCUCGGGGGGGAUGCAUAGACCCCGACCGCCCGAUUGGGGCCUGAUAGCCCACCCCGCCCAGGCAGGUGCGGAUUCGCUGUCGGGAGACUAUCGCUGAUUCGUCGGCGAUGCAUCGCCGAUGCCAGCGCGAUGUUGCCCACCCCUCCUGGGUGAGCCAGUGUCCCCCUGACGUUCCCCCUCACGCGCCGCCAGGACAUCACCCCUUCCGCCGGAGACCGAACCUACUACCACAAUGGGCUCCCCGCGCUGCCCGCGGCCGCGCAGGCGGGUAGCGCUGCUGCUCGCCGCCGUGGCGCCCGGCGGGCGCGGGCGCUUGAUGGACGGCAGGCGGCCCGCCGACGCCGCGCUGUGGGCCGGGCCGCCCGCGCCGCCCGCGGAGCGGGGCGGCGCGUGGGCCCCGGCGCCCGAGGAGCUGGAGGCCUACAUGGCGGAGGCAUCCCUGAUGGCCACGUCUCUGGCGCAGGACGCCGUGGCGCUGUCGCGCCAGGCGCGAGGGCUCCAGGAGGCCCUGCGCGAGGCGCAGCAGUCCGCGCCCCGCCCGCACGACCCCGCUGGGUCGCUCGGCGGCGCCACGCCGGCUCUGCCUGCGGAGGCGUUGCAGGAGCGCGGCUGGGCGGAGGCGGCGGAGGCGGCGGAGGCCCGGCUUGCGGCCGCUCAGGCCGCCGGGCCCCCGAGGGAGCGCGGCUGGCCCGAGGUGGAGGCCCUGCCCGCGCCCGCCCGGCACCGGGUGCAGAAAUCGCGCCCCUCGGGUGCCUUCUGCCCGCCCCCGCCUCGCCCGAGAAACACGCCGAGCCGAGCGAUGUCGGCCGGCAUCCCCAUGGAGCCCCAGCAGGAGCUGAUGUACGCGGCGCCUGCGGAGCCUCAGCGCAUGAACAUUCAGCUGUUCCAGAAGCUCAUGGCGGGGCAUCCCGUGACCGAGGACGAGAUACACGCGGACGCCGCGGCCAUGGGCGGGGGGGCGCCCGUCGUGGAGGCGGCCCAGGAGGCGGUCGGCGCCGCCACCGACGCGGUGACUGGCGCGGUGGGCGACAAGAAGUCCAAGAAGGAGAAGAAGAGCAAGGGUGGGAGCAAGAAGGUCAAGACCAAGUCUGGGAAGAAGAAGGGCUGCUGCUGA